AGUUUGAAGAUGAUCCAGAUCUUUAUGUCCUGAAGCCUAUUAAAUAUAUAGGCAUUGAAGUAUGGCAGGUGAAGGCUGGUUCGAUAUUUGACAAUAUCUUGAUCACUGAUGACCCUCAAUAUGCAAGAACCAUGGUGGAUGACUAUUUUGAGCAGCACAGGGAGUCUGAGAAGGAGUUAUUUGCUGGAAGCUGAGAAAGAGAGAAAAGCUAGAGAAGAAGAGUCUUUUUGCAUGGCCAUACAAAAUUUUAACAAUCACAGGAAUCACGGAAGGCCAGAGAAGAAGGGGGAACGUAGAGGAAGGAGAGGGACCACCGGUAUGGAGACAGGAGGAGGCGUUACAAAAGGCCUAAUCCACGUGAUUACAUGGAUGAUUACCAUGACGAGCUGUAAGGCACAGUGGUGGCCAUUUCUGGCAGUGACAAACCAAUGAAAGCAAGUACUGAUGGAAAUAAG